CUCCUUUGCCUUGCCCGCGUUGCCAUUUGCUCGCAAGCCGCUGAAUUUCUUCCGGCGGGCUUCGGCGGGGGUUCGUGUGAUUUGACGGGAGGGCUCGGCGAGGAAUCGACGCUGACGCGCGGGAGUCACCGGCGGAGCGGGGCGCACAGGGGGCGCCUGUACUUGAAAAAAUGUCUGGAGAUAUACCGUUAAACAUCAAUAUCAAAGAGCCUCGCUGGGAUCAAAGUACAUUUGUUGGACGAGCUAGCCACUUCUUCACUGUAACCGAUCCUAGGAAUAUAUUGUUAUCCAAUGAACAAUUAGAAAAAGCAAGAAAAAUUGUGCAUGAUUACAGACAAGGCAUUGUGGCCCCUGGGGUGACAGAAGAUGAACUAUGGAGAGCAAAAUAUGUCUAUGAUUCAGCCUUCCAUCCGGAUACUGGUGAAAAGAUGGUUUUGAUUGGCCGUAUGUCUGCUCAGGUGCCUAUGAAUAUGACAAUUACUGGCUGCAUGAUGACAUUUUAUAGAACAACUCCAGCAGUGGUCUUCUGGCAAUGGAUUAAUCAGUCAUUCAAUGCCAUUGUAAAUUAUACCAACAGGAGUGGAGAUGCUCCAAUCACAGUCAGCCAGCUGGGAACGGCCUAUGUUUCUGCUACCACAGGUGCUGUUGCAACUGCUUUAGGACUUAAUGCACUCACAAAGCAUGUUUCACCUCUUAUAGGACGUUUUGUUCCUUUUGCUGCUGUAGCUGCUGCAAACUGUAUUAAUAUUCCAUUAAUGAGGCAAAGGGAACUAAAGUAUGGUAUUCCCAUUACAGACGAAAAUGGGAACAGACUGGGUGAAUCAUCCAAAGCUGCUCAACAGGCCAUCGUGCAAGUUGUGAUUUCAAGGAUUCUUAUGGCUGCUCCAGGAAUGGCCAUUCCCCCGUUCAUAAUGAAUACUUUGGAAAAGAAGGCAUUUUUAAAGAGGUUCCCAUGGAUGAGUGCCCCCAUUCAAGUGGGAUUAGUGGGUUUCUGUUUGGUGUUCGCAACACCUCUGUGCUGUGCAUUAUUUCCACAGAAAAGUUCCAUGUCUGUAACACGUCUGGAGCCAGAAUUACAAGCUAAGAUCAAAGAGAUGAGUCCUGAAUUGGAUCGGGUAUAUUUUAACAAAGGGUUAUGAUUUGUAGAAGACAAAUAGGUGAUUUGUCCUUCAAUGAUAGUUAGAUGAACUUAUUUUAAUUGAGUCUACUUAGUUAAAACAAUGCAAUCCUAACAUGUUAUUUCAAUUUUUGUAUAAUUUUGGACACUGAGAUUAUUUAAGUAUCAUUAGGAAAUUUUCAUAAUUAUGGUCUGAAAAUUCCGACAAUUGUCCAAUUCAGCUCCAAAUAUUCAAAAUGGUUUACACUAAUAACUACCUAUCAGUCAAAAUUUCAAUUCCUUUGGAAAGUGAAACAACUUCAAGGAAAUCAUACAGUGUUAUCUUAAAGUUACUGCCUACCUUAUUUUUUUCCACUACAAGAAAGUAAAUAACAAAUUCAUCUUUGCUAUUACAUUUGUAAAUACAAUUCAAAUGACACUUAUCUAUCAGAUUACUUCCUCAGAGUCCAAAAGAGUGACUUUGUGGUAUCUCUUUGAUAUAUGAAUCUUAGAUUUUCUUAUUUCACUUAUCUAAUGUUUGGAUAGGGGGAGUAAUUAUGAUGGGCAAGAGUGAGAGAUUUCAGUGCUGUAGAAAUUUAAAGCCAUUUCCACUGCUUAUUUAUCAUUUGACUGUUGUACUUCUAGCAUAAAAGCUCUAUGAAAUUAGAUAAAUUCUGCUUGGAUAAAGUUCUGCUUAGAAUGUCCUAAGUUUGCUAAAAUAAAAUAAAGUCACUAAGCCAGAGGUUCCCAAACUUUCUCGGUUCACAGCACCUUUAGUGUCUUAGUAAUUUUUUCAUGGUGCCCUAGCAGUUCUCGAACUGUGCACCAUGGCACCUGGGGUCAAUUAUUAAUUAGUAAAUAAUCCUGUGGUGCCAUUUACUAAGUAAUAAAAAAUCAAUUUAUUAAGUCGCAUUUGUUUGGUAGUAAAAUACCCCACAGUGCCCCUGUGAGUUCGCUGCAAUGCCCUGGGAUGCUGUGGCCCACAGCUUGGGAACCAUGGCACUAAGCCAUAAAAUAAGCAAUGAGAAUAUUUGCUGUAAGUAAUCUUGUAAAGCAGGUCUUGAAGCCUAUCCAAAUGUUGAGCAAGGCAUAGUCCUGUCAGGACAAUACUACCUCCCCAUGUAUGAUGCAUAUUGAAGAUUGCUUUAUGAGUAUUCCCUGCAUGCAUCAAGCCAAAAAAACCACCCUAAUUCUUCUAGUUAAAGGAAAUGCUUUCUUGGUCAGCAUCUUAAUUAGCUUGACAUCCAGCAGCAAUGGGCAGGAUCUUGCAUGGAUUUUUACUGGCUAUCAGACAUUGUGCACUAAUGCCUAACUGGUGACAUUGGCCAAAUUCUGCAAAACCCCAAGAUGUUGAGUUUAUGCAUUUCAUCAAUACAUUUCUAUGGUCUUAUCAAUUAUGUUUUCCCAGAAACGAUUAGCAUAUAUUAUGAGCUCAUGUUCUCAUAUCUGAUAAUUCUCAAAUUCCUGAGACAGUCUGUUAAAUGUAACUGUGUGGAAACACCAGACUGCUAAAUACUAUUUUCAGAGUGCUCUGUUUUAUUUAUUUAUUUUUUCUCCCAAAGGAGGUGCUAUACAGCAGCUUUUUAAAAACAUUCGCAAAGCAUGUAUUUAUGGCACUUUUAAUCAAUUUCUUACUGGUCUUCUGCUAGUUACUCAGUAUGCUUUGCUAUCCAUACACCUAUAAUACAAUGAUCCUAUGAAGUAGGGUGCUAUUGUUUCUCAUUAUAAAGACAUGAGAAAACAGACCACAAAAUAGUGACUUCUUUUUUAAAAUCAUCUUGCAAGUUUAAUACUAAGUUGAACCAAAGUCCCAAUGCUGACCCCACUGAAGCAUGUUAAUUAUUCAUUUGGCACAAAUUCUGAACAUUAUUUCUAUGAAUGUUUCCACUGGAAUUUCAGCAUGCCUGAUAAUACAUACAUUAUUGGUAUUUACUAUUUAAUGUACCUUCUCCCAAGUGUAAUAUCACAGUGGAGACCUUUGUACUGGUAUGAAUAGAUCUAGCUCUGUACUCAGUGAAGUUGCUAUUCAGGAUAAACUUUGGCCUUUGUAUAUAUCCAAAAUAGUACAGUAUACACAGUUAGUAGACCACUUAUAGCAUAGCUAAUACUCAGAUGUAUUAGACAGAAUAUAGUUUAUUGUGAUUGUAAUACCGUGAAAUGUGCCAUACAGGAGAAGUUUAUUUAGUGGCAGAUGAUUCUCAACUUGGAAUGGAAUGGAAAAAAAUAAAUGUUUGAUUUGAACACUUACUUUACAAAGACCCCUAAGCAGUUGGAUUUGCAGCCAGUGGUUCUCAGGCAGCCUGGGAGUUUGCUUGGUAGUUUAUCAUGAAUUCCUCAAGAUAAUGUAAAGAGCAGGCAAGCAUAGCAUCAUUUAAUUUUCCAUGCAAAGCAGAGUCACAGGAGAGUAAGCUAACUAGGUAUAUUCUUCAUGUCAGACAAAGAUGAGACCAUUGUAUACUUGGCUAAAGUCCUAUAUAAGUAUUAAUUAUGUUCUCUAAAUAUUCUGUUCUGCUGGUGGUUCUUCAGUAAGCUAACAAACGUGGAAAGGAUUUCCUGAAUUGAGAGAAACUGACUCCAGGACAAAACUGUUUAUAAGUUUGGCUGCUGUUUCUAAAGACCUCUAUUGCUCCCAGUACUGCUAUAUAUUUUGUACUGCUUGUUUAGGCUACAUCCAGAAAGAUUGCACUUUCCAACCUAUGCCACACUCUGGUAUGAGUGGCAUACAUGAAAAAUAUGACAGAUCACUUGCCUUGUGUGAUGGUGAAAGGAGGGGAAAUUUUGCAGCCCAAAGACUGUGCCACCUAGAUGUACUUUGGUCACAUAGAUUUCUGCUAGUGCAGAUAUCAGUUUUACAACAUCUGAUUAUAUCAUACCUACUCAGCAGUAGGACCCCAUUUUGUUAAGAAGGGGUUGAUUUCUUCAUGAAGAGGCUUAGGCUGCAAUAAUUGACCUUGGUUCCUUAACAAAAUAAUGGUAAUAAUUAUUUUUGAAAUGUGAACUUUAGUUAAUUGCAAGUAAUUAUAGUUCACAGCUAAAGAGACUACAGGAAGACAGUUAAUAAUGCAGUCAUGUUUAAGGGCUUGUUUUUUGAAAGAAAUUUCUGCAACUUUCCAGAAGGUGUGUUUUAGUUGAUAUCACUUGAAUAUAUAUCAUGUGACUUCAGUAUGUUUAGAAAAACUGGGUAUUCGCAUGUGGCAUGCUUGAAAUAAUAUAGCCUAGAGCACAACAAUUUUUACUCAGAUUUUUUUUUCCAGGAUUAAAAAAAAACAUUAUUUUGUUCCUGGAAUACAUGUAUUUAAAACAAAUUAAGUAUCA